AGUCAGGGGGUAUUUUGGUGGCAGGGAGGAGGAAGCGGGAUAAAAGUCCUGUUCAGAGUCUCUCAGCCUGGCGCCCAGAGCGAGGCCAAACUUUAUCAUCGCUGCAAUUUGGCGCCAAUUCUCCGGGGGAGGGGGAUCUCCCCCGGUAACGCGGGCUGACAGAGGCCGGAUUGACCGGGGGGAGGGUGUUUUAGUCUCGGUGUGCUGUGCGGGAGUGUUUAUUUUUUAUAUAUUAUACAGAAGGGAGCGGGCGGCGCAGUGAGAGCGACUUUGUCGCUGGAGCUGUGACAAGAGGCAGAGGGAGGGGACCUUCGGAAUAUGUCCUGGAACGGUAAUGCCUCGUUUGACGAACAGACCCAACAUAUUCUGCUGAAGUUUCUUCAGGAAAAGCAAGUUGAAAACCGAGCCUACCAGCAAGAAAUUCAGAAACUUGAAAAUGAACUUAGAAGGGGGUCCAGAUUUGAUGAUGAUAUUCAGACAGAUGGACAUUGCCCCUCAGGACCUCUGCGUGAAGCCUAUAAUUUAAAUGUGGAAGAAGUAAAUCCAGCUGAUGAAGAAUUGUACAGAAUAAUAGCUGCACAUUUGGCUGAGAUGGGAGAUAGGCUGGAUCAAAGCAUUAAUCGUGACUUGGUUGAAGAAUUUAUCCAUGAAACUGAAAGGACUCAACCCCAAGAGGAUAGAAGCUUUAUUCUGUCUUCCAUGAUUACCCGUUUGACCAAUCAAAGAAUUGAUGUUACUCAAGAUAUGCCUCAGGAGAAAGUCAUCCUGCUGCUGGCACUGAUGCUGUUCAAAAAAACUGUAGUAGAGAAACCUCUGUUGCUUCCACACAUCUUCAGAACCACUGUACAGUAUAUAAGCAGAAGACUCCAACAGUACAUUCAGAGUUUAGGAGGAUGGCAAAACAUAGAUUAAGACUACAAGCAAGCAAGAGAUACCUUUGAUUCUGCUUUACCUGGAUUUGAUUUUUAGUAUUGUAAUACUGGGUUACAUUGCAAGCCAUUUUAAUAAAGCAUUUUGAUUCUUUUGCUUUA